AUGCCAGACGCAAGUCUCGCCGGAGGCCCGGCGCCAGCCAACCGGCGUGGUCGCGGGUGUUUCGGAGGCUGCGAUGGCAAGAUCCUACUCCUCCUAGGCCUCGCUGCUUACUUCUGCCUUGGAGCUUCGCUCGUAGAAAAGUCCAUCCGGAAUAUGACGCAUCAAGCCAUCUGUAUAGAGCUCAACGAACUCCCAAUCGAAGUUAAGAGAAAUGGAACCCUGUCCGUCCAGGACCCGAUAUGCCAGACCGACGAGGUGAGCCUAGCAGUCUCACAAGCGCACAUGAUCAGGCAGCUCGCCGAAGCAGGCGGUGGUUUGCUCUUUUCUUACUACACCAUCAAACAAGCCGACAGGCUGGGGCGCUUCUACACCAUGUUCAUGGGCUCCAUGCUUUGGGUGCUAUCCAUGCUAUUUGUUUUCGCCGGCUUGGGCUCCUGGAGCCCGGGAGCGGUCUGGUUCUUCGCAACCACUGGCAGCCUUGCGAGGGCGAUCGUUGAGGGAUCCAUCUUGUCGAUGGCGACUGAUUUUUCUGAUGACAAAAAUCGAUCCAUGAACUUCACAGGCGUUCUCUUCGCCGCCGCACUAACACAGCGCAUCGUAUUCCUCCUCGCAGCGCACUAUCAUGGCGAAGACAACGAUAGCAGAUCUUUCAUCAUGGGUCUCACUAUCGUUUUCGUCGGUUCGGCGCGGGAGAACUGGCGAGAGCAGAAUCCCCCUGCAGGAGGGGCCCCCGUUAACGAGGUCAUCAAGGCCCUCAAAGGCUCUGGAUUAUCUCUCGUCUUUGUAGCCGCCGCCGCGGUCCCACUGGCAACGGCCUCUAUGACCUCCUUCGAGGUCUACAUAACCGAUGCGUACAACUACCAAUCCGAACCCCUGGGACAGCAGACGGUCUACUGGAUCAUUGUCUCCGCGUUGUUUGCGACAGUAUUACACACCGUCACGAUCAACUUUUACCUCCCGCAAAGCCCGAAGUGGUCUCAGUGGCGCCGCGACUUCUGCAUCUUAGGCUUCGGGCUCGUCGUCCUCGCCGUGGGAUGCUUCCUCAUCAUGAUGCCCAGAACGGCGAGCGCCAUGGUGGGCAUAGGCUUUCUGACGGCCGGCUUCGCGGCCAUCUUCCCGUUCAGCGCCGCGCUGCUUCUGGCCUUCGUGGGUCCCCGUGUCCGGAGCAAGUUCGCCGCUAGAAUCUGGGGUUUCGUGUACUUGUGGCGGAGCGCCUUGACGUUGGUGAUCCUGCCUCCGAUGAGCAUUUACAGCCGUACCGAGCCCGAAUCGACGAAGCAGUUUAUCUUCAUCGUUGUUGUCGGCGCUUUCAUCUUUUUCGCUGCUGGACGGGCUAGACUGAUUUGGCCAAAAAGCCAGCGGCCUGCUGAGGGCGCCCAGACGGAGGAGAUUGAGCUUGGGGUGAUGAAUGGCGAUUUACCCCAUGCGCCACCUCCUGCGUAUCAUGUGGGUAGCCUUGACUAG